AUUCGGCUUGACCUUGCUGCCUGGGCUCAGCGCUGUGUCUGCUCCCGGGAAGGAUGAACCCGGUGUUCCGGAGUGCGUGGCGCUGCCUGCUCCCCCUGGGAGCCACCGAGCCGGCGGGGUAUGUGAGGGGGCAAUAGGGGGACACACAGCAACCUCCCAGCUCUCCUGACCUGAGUGUGUGACAGCCAGGCAGCAAUAUUAAACCAAUGACCCAGUGUGUCUGUCACUUUAAUAACAUUUAUAACACAGUCUCAUCAUGGUGCUCUGUUACAGGACCACUGUAGGCACCCAGACCACUUCAGCAGAGAAACUGCUAUGUUUAUGAAAAAAUGGGUUAACCCUAGAAGGACCUUUAAAGGGACACUAUAGUCACCCAGACCACUUCAGCUCAAUGAAGUGGUCUGGGUGCAAUGUCCCUCAGGUUUUUACCCUUCAGAUGCAAACAUAGCAGUUUCAGAGAAACUCCUUUGUUUACAUUGCAGGGUUAAGACAGCCUCUAGUGGCUGUCUUCCAGACAGCCACUAGAGGCGUAUCUGCGACGCUGGAGACAUAUUAUGCCUCCAUCACGCAGAGCGUCCAUAGGAAAGCAUUGAAAAUGCUUUCCUAUGGACACUUUGAAUGCGCACACGGCACUUGCCGUGCAUGCGCAUUCGGCUCAGCUGAUGUCAGCAGAGGGAGCAGAGGUCACCAGCGCCGAGGGAGCCCUGCUCUGGAAUAAGGUAAGUAGCUGAAGGGGUUUUAACCCCUUCAACCCCACAGGAGGGGGACCCUGAGGGUGGGGGCACCCUCAGGGCACUAUAGUGUCAGGAAAACCGCUAUGUUUUCCUGACACUAUAGUGAUCCUUUAAGUUGGUCCCCCAGCGCCUGACACUUAUCUCUUCCCUUCUUGCAGUAUUAGUAAAGUUUGCUGACACUUUCAGCUUAACAUUGACUGCCCACUGAAAGAAAUAGUAAGUACUGCGUGAUGAGCGAGCAGUGAUGGAUUGCGAACAACAGCAGACCUUACUAAUUCAUCAACUAUCAGCAGCUUUCUGAUUGAAGCCUCAGACCUACUGGCUGGGCAGAGCAAACGAGCACCAUCUUCCAAAGUUUGGUAUUAAAUCUUUUGCAAACUGUUUAACCCCUCAUGGUAAGAUGAUGCUUUUGAUCUUGUGGUACCAUAACAACUUAUUUAAGAUAAAGUUGUUAUUGUGACUGGAUUGCUCCUUUAAAGCUACACUUGUAGGUGCCAUGACCACUUCAUUGCAUUGGAGUGAUUAUGGUGCCCGGAGUUCCUUGGCACUCUCUCACAGCUUCACGUUAAAACCUUUUUAAAUGGUAUAAAACAGUUAUUCACUAAAGUGAGAAUUAAAGUGACACUCCAGGCACCCAGACCACUUCUGCCCAUUGGAGUGGUCUGGGUGCCAACUACCACUACCCUUAACCCUGCAACUGUAAAUAUUGCAGUUUUCAUAAACUGCAAUAUUUACCUUGCAGGGUUAACUCCUCCUCUAGUGGCUGUCUACUAUGCUUUCCUACGGGGAGGUCUAAUGUGCGUGCGCAUUAGGUCUCCCCCCGCCGGCGGCCAAUGCCGCGCAUGCUUAAUAGGUCUCCCCCGCCGACGUCAGGAGCGUGGGCGGACCCUGAACCAGCACCGAGGAACAUCGGAGCUGGAUACAGGUAAGUCACUGAAGGGGUUUUAAGCCCUUCAGCAACUUGGGAUGGUGGGUGGAAGGGAGAGGGGACCUUCAGUUUUCCUGGCACUGGAGAGUCCUUUUAAAAUUCACUUUGAAUUCUAACUUUUGUGAACAUCUCUGUAAAUGAGGGUCUCGAAGUGCCCAUGACCCCACAUCCUACACUGAAGGUAUAGGUAAGGUUAUGAAUAUGGCUAGAUUACACUCUGUGUUAUCCGAAGGCUUGUGCUAAUGCAGAUGCAGAGAGAUUCUGAACAUCUGGGACCCUCAUUUGGUCUGAAACCGUUCAAACACUUGAGCACUGAACUGUGGGACAGCACCAGGGGAUUCCAGAAACCAUAUUUACUUAAGUGGUUAAGAUGCAUAGUGCCUCUCUUGCGAGGAUAGCCCAUAUGUUAAAAAUAUGUAUUUAAGUCCGAUGUGUUCAUUUUUUUUUUUUUUUGUAUGGCCCCCUCCUUUGUUUACAAAAAAGUAGCAAAACACAAUUUAACGUACCUGUAAUCUUUUGCCAAGACAGGCUCUACCUUCCAAUUUGAAAUGAUGAUCUCUGGUCCAGUCAGUAGCAUUGAGGACACAUGGAACUAAUUGCCUCAAACUGCCAGUCACAGAGAAGCUUAACUGCAUUCUCCAUCAUAACAUGAAGUCCUUCGAAAAUUCAAGGAUGUAGGAAGGAAGCAUCUCUAGCGACUGUCUGUCAGUUAGCCACUAGAGGCCUGUUUUCUAUCAAUCUGCAUUUUCUCUAUUUAAUUUAACUGUAUAAAUUGUUCAGUGUAGGAAAUUUGGACAUGGGUUUCUUUUUAAACCCACAGAAUAGGAGAGCGGCCAGAAGGUAAAAAAAAAAAAACUGUAUGAAUAUAUAUAUAUUUGUGUACGGGGUAAUUCGAGGACGUACAACUAAACGUAUGUAGUACGAUAAGGACCAAAGUCGGUUGAGGUGUGCCGAAACCGACGAGAGGUCAGGCCUGCAAAAGAGGGCCCACCUGGUAUAAAUUGAAAAUAACAAAGGGUGAGGUGGGAGGGGAACUUUCAGACGGCGACGAUAGGUAAGCUGGGGUUAUUGGGGAUUUAAAUAGUAACAUAACCCCUCCCACAAAUUCAGGCAUACGCCUUCCACUUGUGUACGGGGUAAUUCGAGGACGUACAACUAAACGUAUGUAGUACGAUAAGGACCAAAGUCGGUUGAGGUGUGCCGAAACCGACGAGAGGUCAGGCCAGCAAAAGAGGGCAAAAAUAGAAGACAAGAUUAAUUCACAGAUUAGCAAUGGUUUAGCCACAUUAUCGACAAGAGAGUCUGAUUCUAUCCUUGGUUAGGAAUGUUCCCAUUGUAAACUAACAUACCAUAUUCACUUAUGCGUGUCGUAACACGUCUUCUAGAGGCUGCUGUUGUAUUGACAUGGAAUGAGAUGCCCGAGUAGGAAGAAGGAUUAGGCCUGGGUGGAGUAAUUAAAGUAACAAAUAUCACACAAUAUAAAACGCCCAACUGAUAUGUUUUGGUAUGUGGAGUAGAUAGAUAAUGUAACGAUUGAUUCCUGAAUUCUUUACUAAUAAGUAAAGCCUGAAUAAAUCGUAGAAUGCCAAGUGAGCUGCUGACUUAAAUUAUCAGGGUUAUUACCGGGAGGCUUAAUGGUUAAUUUGAAAACUCCCCCUAAUAAUUACUGUUGAUAGGGAGUGAAUUGAAUAAUUUGUGGAGUUUUGAUCUCGUGCACUAGUCGGCACCUUACUGAAUAAUAAAAGAAAAUGGGAGCUGUUGAGUAUAUGGUCUACACGUAACGUUAAAUUCCUGUAGUUAUAGUUUUAAAUUGUAUUGUAGGCUAGUUCAAAGAGAUGUGGCAAAAAUUGCGCAAGCAGCCAUUUAUAAUCGGAACGCAUUUAUCUUGAAUCAUACACAAUACUUACCCACAUUGUAAGCUUUAGGGUAAGUUUUGCUUAGUGAUAGUAGACGACUCUACCUGCUUAAAACUCUAACUUAAGGCAUGAUUAGACCUUAUUGAACUGCAGAGGAUCUCUGGACUGAAUCUUCUUAAGCUCAACAGUUACGUUUAGGCAAGGCCUGACCUCAGGACUUUAGGAUUGGCCAGGGCGGGGGAUACUGCAGGGGACCCUUGGCAGACUUGUUUUCUUGAGGAGAGUUAACACAACCUUACAUGUGUAUUAACUGGUAGAACCAUGGAGAAAAGGGACUGAAAAGGGUAUCUGACAAACUAUGCCGUGAUGCGAACCGAUGAGCAGCAAAAUACCGUGACUUACAGUAGGGAAAAUGUGCUCUUAAGAGAGGAACCUGAAAAGGAGCUUGAUUUUAAGCUUAAAGAUAAUAUGACGUAUAACAACUACCCUAUGAUCGUUACUUGAUAGGCUUGAGAUCGUAAUUAUCUGUAUUAUAAGAUGCCUAUAGGUGUAAUUUCUUAGACAGAAACAGAUAGCAUGACCGAAAGUUAGUCCUGAUGGACUUCUUGAACAUAAAUAACAUAGUAAGAUGUAUAUAUUAUUAAAUAGCGUAACAAAUCAAGCGUGCAGAGACAAGUCCCCAAUAGCUGUUAAGGAUUUGAAUUGUAUCGUUUGCUCCUAAUGAAGGUCGAGUGAUGCCUCGAUGUAUGAUAUGAAACAAGUGGAAUUCUGAUUUACCGUCUUAUUAGAUUGCUAAUGCUUUAACCUGCAUUGUUUGUAUAAUUGACGUAGACAAGAUAAUUAGGUGACAGUAUGCGUCAACGUAUGGUAAUUUAGAACUCAAUGUACUGAAAUGCCCCUAAUGGGCUGCAAAGUAAAGAACAGUAUAUCUGUAAUAAUAAAUCUGGAAGCAGUCAUUAUAUGUACAUAAGCUAAUUGAAGACCUGACGAUGGUCGAUACAAGGCUUAAAUAUGUACAACGUGUAAACAUGAAAGACAGCGUGUGGCCAAUAUACGUAUUUAACGGAAAAUAUAUAUAAGAAACACUAUGCCUGAAACAAUUGUAGGAGGAUACCGCUGAUCUUGGUUUCUACUACAUUGAUAUGGGCACCUAGUGUAUGUGGUAUAAAAGGAUCACAGUGAGUGGCAAGUUGGGGAAAUAAGUAUAUAUGCUAUCCUCCUUGUACUGCUAUCUAAAUAUGUAGUAGACCCUUAGUCCGUAAGUGAUUGACGUAUUAAAGCAUGGAUUAGCCCUGUAUGAUAGUUCUAACAUACUGUUUGUAUUACUGUAAGGAUGUAUAAACUCACCAUUGCAACUAAAGUUAUAACGAGGCGGGAAAUAAUCCGCUAGGAUACAUGAUAUGAUUGUUGGAUAUGAAACAUAGUGGGUAGGCAUGAUGGGGUCUGUAAGUGCGGCCCCCCCAAGAACUACGUGUGCGUGCUGGCUGACUAGCUAGUGCCGCAAUGCAGCGAAACGAUUACUCUAGGUUGGUGACAGGUGAGGCCCUGCUAAUAGCCAAGUGGCUUGAGAGGCUCUAUCUAUGCGUUGGCGCGAGGGGAUAGCGUGGCCACUGAACGUUGUGGCGGGGUGUCGGCCUCUCGGUGACAGUUAAACAUAAGACAGAAUGGGAGUGACAGGUGAAGCCCUCUCUAUGCCACAAUGCGAGGCGACUAACUAUGAUUUGGCCCGAGGGGCGUAGUACCUCCGAGUAUGAGGAUGGGUGUUGGCCUCACGGGACCACUUAACCUAAGGCGAAGAAGCCAGGGGGAAUGAUAACUAGUGGACACCUAGGAGCCUGACAGCCAGCCAUUGCUACUUAAGAGGGAUGAUUAGUUCAUGAGAGAGAGGACAUACCCUGGGAUGAAACAAGAGUCAUAAUGAAGUAGAAUUGUAAGGCUGACCGUAACUGGAGUGCCCUGUGAGCGCGUCGGGUCCAGAUGAUCAGUACGUAUGAAUUAUAAUGCGUGUAUGUAUGGCCCUCGUGGCUCGUAAGUUUAUUUUUAUUUUUUAUUUUUUUUAAAUAAGAUAAAUUUUUUAACCGGAGUAUCAGGCGACACAGGUCUGAGAUAUGUAAGUUAGUCAUGUUGAUGCUUGGUUAUGCAAGUGCGAGAAAGGUAAAUUAUGGAGCAAACUGUGGGGACAACAUGGAUUAGUUCAGGUUGGGUACAGAGUAAUAGAUUGACUUGCUUGGCCUGUGGUCAUCUGGGCCUAUUUGUUUAUGGAAUAUUAUACCUUGAGUAUUAUACAUAGAACUGAGGUUGGGCUCUCUUAUUUGUAAGUAACCAGCACACGCUAUACUAACGAUUUGCAUUCUAGUUUUAUUUACAUAUUUUAUUUUUACUGAUAUCACUUGAUUGUUUUACAGACUGCACUGUCAUUGUAUAUUUUUCCCCAAAUAAUGAUUAAUUCACUUCAGUGGGGGAACACAAUAUACUUUUAUGAAAAAUAAUAAUAUAUAUUUGCUAUCCUUCAGUGUAGACUAAAGUUAAAUAUGGUAACUGGUAUGUUGUUAGAGUAUUUUGAGCGUAGCGCAUGUACAUAGAAUAUGCGUUGAGGAGAGAGUCGCUUAGGUGAUCUUAUCCAAUGUUAGUAAUUGGUGGGAACCCCGGGGUUGCCUGGACAUUGUGUGGGGCGUACUCGGUAGAGGCUCACUGCCAGAAAUUCAACCAUAAUGACUGUCCCGCAGUUUUAGGGUUUGUUUGAGUGAAUGCAUUCUGAUUGUCAGCGAGUUUGUAAUUUUUAUAUACGCUAAGCAUAAUGGGCACAUGCCAUGUAAUAUAUAGUGUGAUACAUUGUUUGUGGUCACAGGCUAGUUUUCAUGAGUAUGUAGAUUACAGUAUGUUAACAUGUUUGGUUGACGGACAAGCUUAGGUGCCAGGGAAGACCACCAGGGCUACAGGGAAGCAACCGCCUGCAGGUGGAUGCGCGAAUAUGUAAUUAGCGCGAUAAGGUUUGGAAAUUAUGUCACAAAGUGGUGGUAUAAGACAAUACAAACUCGUGCUAAUAAAAUACUGUGCAUUAAAAUCAGUAAAUUAAAUACAAACUGGCAAUGCACGUAAUGCAAGGCUGCAGAAAUUGAGGAAAAUUUUUAAAAUUAAAUGAAAGAAAUCAAUGAAAAUCAUGCUCAGCUGAAGGGAAAAGAGUCCUUAGCGAAUAAGAAUUGAACCUGACAACAUUGUGAAGAAAAGUAACAGGUGUCCCAGUGAAACGUGAAGUAGUUGUUGGACACAGGUAGCCAGUGUAUAUUAUGCACUCAACCAACUCCAGAUCUCAAGGCCCGCAGCCUGGUACCAGGGAUCCACUCGAGGAUGUGGUGUAGCCAGCCUCUCUUGAAUUUAGGAGGCCACACACAAUAAAUUACCCAGCACAGUUGGUCAUGUAGUUGAAGUAAUCAGAAGCAUUGACACAUGACAUGCAAUGCAGCUGCUUAUCAUUCUUUGGCAAGCAUUAUUUACUAGUGAGCGGGUCUUGAAGUGGCUGUGAAAUCGCAUUCUUUAUGCUCACUGAGCAGUUCAUAGUCACUAGAAGAACGCAGUAUACAGUGACAAGAAGACACAUUGCACAUAGCCUGUCAAUAGUCAGCACUAAGGUCAGCAUAACGACUUGUUGCUGUGCUACAUCUAGAAAAAUACUAACUGCAAGAAGCAUUGCCAUUUAGCUGUGAUAUGCACUGCCUGUUACAGUCUCUCAACCAGUAAUAAGGACCCAGGGGUCGCCUGGGUUGCGGUGUCAUACGUGAGCUUGUAUAUAUGGAUAAAGAAAAAGUCGAACGGCGGGAAUAGCCCGAACGCGGCUAUUCUCGCCGGUUACCUGGUGUUCGUUAGUUUGUGCGCGUCUGUGAGAACAGAGGUUGGCGGGAAGCCGCAAGGAAUGACGGGACCGGAAGUGCGAUGCCUGUUGAGGACCCGGAAGUUUGGAAGGCGAGCAGGCCUGAACUUUCAGACGACGACGAUAGGUAAGCUGGGGUUAUUGGGGAUUUAAAUAGUAACAUAACCCCUCCCACAAAUUCAGGCAUACGCCUUCCACAUAUAUAUAUAUAUAUAUAUAUAUAUAUAUAUAUAUAUAUAUAUAUAUAUAUAUAUAUAUAUAUAUAUAUAUAUAUAUAUAUAAAAAAAAAAUGGUAAUUCCUGCACUCCAACCUGCAUAAAUAUAGGUACCUGGUGCUCAGGUUGCAAAAAUUGAUACAUACAAAAAAUAUAGCCGGCACUCACGGUUUUUUUCAAAUGGUUUCUCUUUAAUUCUGAAAAUCGACGUUUCAGCUCCCUAAGGAGCUUUCAUCAGGACAUAAAAUAAAUAAAGAAUAAGUAAAGCUUAUAUAGGAAACACAUAAUCAAUGUACUUACAACACAGGUGGUCCUCAUACUUUCCCGCCGUCAGACUCGUACCGGUCGCCAAUGCGGAAGUGAAUUCACUUCCGGGUGCCUGUCACGUGGGCGGAGAGAAGAAUGAUUUUAAUUGGUGCAGAAUACCUCGUUUUUGAGUGGCUGGAGGCUAAUCUGUCUCCUUAGACCCACCCUUUUUCAACGGGCACUAGUGCAGACCAAAAAGAUCUUCUCCAAAAUAUAUCGCGUCACCAUGGCAACCGGGCAUCAACCCAAACGGCAGGAAGGGAGGACCCAACAUAAAACUUCAUAAUGGAAUGUAUAACAUAGUUAGAUGUAACUCAAAAAAUGGGGAUAUUACUAAAGAAGCUAAGUGCACUUAUAAAAAGAAAUAAUAAGUAAGUAAUAUACAUACAGUAAUACCAAUGUCUAUAAAAUACGGUGAAUCAAAAUCUAUGUAAACAAGUAUAAGAAAAGUAAUACGAAAAAUUGAUACUUAGUGUCAGUGCAUGUAUCUAAAGUGACUGUGCUCGUUGUUAUUUUCAAUAUCCACUAUUAUAGUGGCAAAAUUCACAUUUUGAUCAUACUAUAAUUGGUGCUGUAAUGUAGAUGAGUAUUAAAGUGCUGAGUGGCAUCUUUGUUGUGUUAAUACUGCUGAAGGAAUAGAAAGUGCAAUAAGUGAAAUGUAUAGAAAGUGCACAUUUACACCCAUCAAUGCAAAAAUUUAUCAUAGAAUUACAUAUUCAAAUAUAGUCCAUUACCGAGUCUUCUCUUAAGUCAUAAGUAUUCAAAAAAAUAUGAUUACGAAAACAGUAUCUUAAAAGAACAGUAUCAUACAUUUAAAAUUCACAUAAACUAAAAAUCUUAUACUCUUUGGAAUUAAUACCCCACUAUUCUAAAUCUGGAUCAUAUAUUAUAAAAAGGCUGAAAAAGAGCAUUUUUCGUUUAAACCCCUAGGUGAGAGGGUAUCAAGUUGUAUGAUCCAAAAAGUCUCUCUCCGCAGAAGAAGUCUCGCACGAUCACCCCCACGUAUCAGUAUCGGUAUGUGGUCAAUCGCAAUACAUCUUAAUGAUGAUAAUUGAUGUUUUAACUCCAGAAAAUGUCGGGCAACAGGUUUAUCCGACUGGCCAUCACGAUAGGCCAGGCGGAUACUUGACCUGUGGCCCCUAAUUCUCUCACAGAGAGCUGUCUCUGUUUUACCAAUGUAAUUCAGACCACAGGGGCAGGUUAAUUUAUAAAUCACAAAGUCACUCCUACAGUGGAUGCGGUGUCGAAUUUUGUAAACCUUGCCCGUGUGUGGGUGAUUGAAGGUUUUAGAAGGGAUUAUAUGUCCACACGUGACACAUCCCAAACACCUUACACACCCCACGUUCCUAGCCUGGCCCUUAGCUACCCCAUAGCAAUGUUGGGGGUCCGUUUUAACCAGCAUGUCUCUCAAAUUUCUGUUCCGUCUAUAACAGAACAGAGGUUUUUGACGAAAGUUCUCUGGAAGAGUGGGGUCCAUUACCAAAGUAUUCCAGUUGUUCCGGAUCGAUGAGGUAAUCUCUGCACUUGCAGUAUUAAACUGUAUUGGAAAAAUAAGUCUAGUGUUAAUUCCUCUAUCCCUUGGUGCCUCAGAUGAUGAAUAGGUUGUUUUUGCUCUCUUAAGGGCCAUCUCCAAUACCUUCCGUGGAUAUCCUCUAGUGAGGAAUUUCUUAUACAUAGUUUCCAAUUGGAUAGUGCAUUGUUGAUUUAAAGAGUUAUUUCGCAGUACCCGCAGAAAUUGUGAGUAGGGUAAUGAUGUUUUCAAGUGCCUUGGAUGGAAACUGUCAAAGUGUAGUAUGGUAUUCCGAUCGGUAGGUUUCGUAAAGAGUCUGAACUCCAAUUGAUUCUCGAUAAUCAUAAUUUCUAUGUCAAGAAAUUGUACGCUUUUUCCAUCAAUCUGUGAGGUCAUCUUCACCGGUGUUGGUAAUGUAUUUAGAUUCUUUGUAAAUUGAAUCGCCUCUUCCUUAGAACCAUUCCAUAAGAUGAGUAUAUCGUCAAUGAACCUGAAAUAUCGUAUGAUAGAUCGAUCAUAUUUCUGGAGGAUAUGCUGCAUCUCAUAUUGGUACAUGUAGGCGUUCGCAUACAUAGGGGCCAUUGCCGCCCCCAUUGAUGUGCCUGCUAUCUGUAAGUACCAAUUAACUUCGAAACGGAAAUAGUUGUUCUGUAGGGCUAGACUGAGCAGUUCCAAAAUGAAUUCAAUGGACGGACCGUGAUAAUGUUGUGAAUGACUCAAAAGAUCUCUCAUCGCCUGUACCCCUUCUUCAUGUGGUAUUAUAGUAUACAAACUCCCAACGUCCAUCGUGAUCAGGAUACCGUUGAAAUCUUUUACUUCUCUCAGACGUUGUAUCAAAUCCGGGGUAUCUUUUAUACAUGUGUUUAAAGAUGUAACCGGAUCCUUAAAUAAGUAAUCCAGGUAUUUAGCUAUCGGUUCUAACAGCCCUUGGACUGCUGAAACAAUAGGGCGUCCCGGAGGUUUUUCCAAGUUUUUAUGGAUUUUAGGGAGUGUGUAAAUUAUAGGGGUUCGUGGAUGUGCCUUCUUUAAGUAUUGGAAUAGCUCCAGAUCUAUGUAUCCUGCUUGGAGUCCAUAAUUCAAUACAUCUUCAAUUUUCCUGGCAAUAGUGUCCGUAGGGUCCUUCUCUAAUUUUUUGUACGUUUUUGAAUCCUCCAGUUGUUGUUUGAUUUCUGCCGCAUAUUCAUCAUAAUUAAGGAUAACAAUUCCCCCACCCUUAUCGGCUGGUCGAAUUACUAUCAUGGGAUCUGAAGCCAAAUUUUUGAUUAGGGCAAAAUCCACUCUGGAGAGAUUAUAAUGUUUCGGUCGAUGAUUAGAAAGAACUGCUCCUGUUUUAUGUCUCACUGUUGAGAGGAAAGAUUUAAUCGCUGUUUGAUUAGUUGGAGGAUCAAAUGUACUCUGUGUUCUAAAUUUAUGCGUGCUUCUUGUGUUAGACGAUAUACCCAUACUAGUCUUAGAAUUCUUAAAAAAAUCUUUUAGUCUCAUAUUCCGGCCAAAUUUAAACAAUUCAACUUCCCAUAGGAAGUCAUUAGGUGGAGUAGUAGGGAUAAAGGAAAGACCUUUGCUCAAAAUAUUAGUUUCCGCUGUUGUAAGUUCACGUUUUGACAGGUUAAAGAUGGGGACUAGUUGCGCCUCGGUGGUCUCCCUCUUGGACCAGUGGACUCGUCCUUUUUGUCCACGUCGGGUAUUAAGAGAGCAAAAACAACCUAUUCAUCAUCUGAGGCACCAAGGGAUAGAGGAAUUAACACUAGACUUAUUUUUCCAAUACAGUUUAAUACUGCAAGUGCAGAGAUUACCUCAUCGAUCCGGAACAACUGGAAUACUUUGGUAAUGGACCCCACUCUUCCAGAGAACUUUCGUCAAAAACCUCUGUUCUGUUAUAGACGGAACAGAAAUUUGAGAGACAUGCUGGUUAAAACGGACCCCCAACAUUGCUAUGGGGUAGCUAAGGGCCAGGCUAGGAACGUGGGGUGUGUAAGGUGUUUGGGAUGUGUCACGUGUGGACAUAUAAUCCCUUCUAAAACCUUCAAUCACCCACACACGGGCAAGGUUUACAAAAUUCGACACCGCAUCCACUGUAGGAGUGACUUUGUGAUUUAUAAAUUAACCUGCCCCUGUGGUCUGAAUUACAUUGGUAAAACAGAGACAGCUCUCUGUGAGAGAAUUAGGGGCCACAGGUCAAGUAUCCGCCUGGCCUAUCGUGAUGGCCAGUCGGAUAAACCUGUUGCCCGACAUUUUCUGGAGUUAAAACAUCAAUUAUCAUCAUUAAGAUGUAUUGCGAUUGACCACAUACCGAUACUGAUACGUGGGGGUGAUCGUGCGAGACUUCUUCUGCGGAGAGAGACUUUUUGGAUCAUACAACUUGAUACCCUCUCACCUAGGGGUUUAAACGAAAAAUGCUCUUUUUCAGCCUUUUUAUAAUAUAUGAUCCAGAUUUAGAAUAGUGGGGUAUUAAUUCCAAAGAGUAUAAGAUUUUUAGUUUAUGUGAAUUUUAAAUGUAUGAUACUGUUCUUUUAAGAUACUGUUUUCGUAAUCAUAUUUUUUUGAAUACUUAUGACUUAAGAGAAGACUCGGUAAUGGACUAUAUUUGAAUAUGUAAUUCUAUGAUAAAUUUUUGCAUUGAUGGGUGUAAAUGUGCACUUUCUAUACAUUUCACUUAUUGCACUUUCUAUUCCUUCAGCAGUAUUAACACAACAAAGAUGCCACUCAGCACUUUAAUACUCAUCUACAUUACAGCACCAAUUAUAGUAUGAUCAAAAUGUGAAUUUUGCCACUAUAAUAGUGGAUAUUGAAAAUAACAACGAGCACAGUCACUUUAGAUACAUGCACUGACACUAAGUAUCAAUUUUUCGUAUUACUUUUCUUAUACUUGUUUACAUAGAUUUUGAUUCACCGUAUUUUAUAGACAUUGGUAUUACUGUAUGUAUAUUACUUACUUAUUAUUUCUUUUUAUAAGUGCACUUAGCUUCUUUAGUAAUAUCCCCAUUUUUUGAGUUACAUCUAACUAUGUUAUACAUUCCAUUAUGAAGUUUUAUGUUGGGUCCUCCCUUCCUGCCGUUUGGGUUGAUGCCCGGUUGCCAUGGUGACGCGAUAUAUUUUGGAGAAGAUCUUUUUGGUCUGCACUAGUGCCCGUUGAAAAGGGUGGGUCUAAGGAGACAGAUUAGCCUCCAGCCACUCAAAAACGAGGUAUUCUGCACCAAUUAAAAUCAUUCUUCUCUCCGCCCACGUGACAGGCACCCGGAAGUGAAUUCACUUCCGCAUUGGCGACCGGUACGAGUCUGACGGCGGGAAAGUAUGAGGACCACCUGUGUUGUAAGUACAUUGAUUAUGUGUUUCCUAUAUAAGCUUUACUUAUUCUUUAUUUAUUUUAUGUCCUGAUGAAAGCUCCUUAGGGAGCUGAAACGUCGAUUUUCAGAAUUAAAGAGAAACCAUUUGAAAAAAACCGUGAGUGCCGGCUAUAUUUUUUGUAUUUAUAUAUAUAUAUAUAUAUAUAUAUAAUAUGCUUUUUUUGUGUACCUGUCUCCUAUGCGUGCAGUCAGAGCUAUGCAUCUAGAAAUUGGGGUCAGCGGGGGAACAUACUACAGAAAUGAUGUGAACCUUUAAUUGAAGAGUUGGUUGCCUACAUCAAGCAACUGUCUCUGCACCAUUUCAUACACAAUAGAUUCUAAGAACCAUGGAAAUAAUUAAAAUUGCUGUGGAAUAUUUCUAGCCUAAUUCUGCUAUUGCAUAAAAAUAUGAGCUUAGCUAUUUAUAUCUGCAUUCUUGCUUUUCAUAUUUUGUUAUAAAUAUACGUGCGUGCUUAUUAACACUAUUUUUUUUCUUAAUUUUAGAGCAUUAAAAUUAUCAUGGUGUCGAGCGUUACACAGUGGUGUUCAGAGAUUCCAGCAAGUUGCUGAAAUUGCAGGCAUUCAAAGUUCCAAAGAAUUCAGGUAAAUAUAGUGUUUGAACACUUAGAUUUUUUAAGUCAUUUACACGAUUUAUCUUGCUUUAGAUAAAUAGCCACAUACAGAGAGCCCCAACUAUAACAAAUAAAACCUAUACUAUAGUAGGUAUGGAAUAUUGUUAUUCAUCUCAUCUCAGCUGUCCAGACGUAUUAAAAGUAGUUAAAGUAACCAUAUCAUUAAAAUCCAUUUAGCUCAUUUAAAAGUAUACUUCACUGCCCAAAUAAAAAUCACUGUUUAGUAGAUAUACUUCAAUGGAAACAUGCAUACAUUUAAUUUUUUUAAAAAAUUUUUCCAUUGCGGAUAUAUCUAAAAACAGCUUCCCCUUCUUCUAACCCAGCCUACAGUUUAUGUGGCUGUCCAAUCACAGACUUCUCAGUGCAGCUCAAUGAUAAGUGUUGUCAGGUUCCGUGCACUGGACAAUUGCCUGACUCUUGGAUUUCGCUCCACUGAGCUAAACAACCAGGAAGUAACAAGACCUGUUGUCUGGUAGCAAGGGGGUGUAACAAGGUUAAUUUAUAAAAGAUAUCUAUUGAAAUGUGCAAUUUUUGUAAAAUGGAAAAAAAGAGGAUACCUAUAUAAAGCACUUCAGUCGAGGUGCUUUAAAGUGCUGUAAUGUUUCUUUAAUAUGGGGAAAGUGUGUUUUUGUUUGCAUCCUGAAUGGUGUAAAGUCGUGUAUCUCUUUGGGCACAUUGUAUUUUUCUACCAGAGUGACCUCCAGGCAGUUGGGGAAACAUUAUUGGUGUUUUAGUUUUAGGAUCCUCUCGAUUCUGUGCAAAACAAGGAGUCCCUAACUGCAUUAGAUAGUGGAUUGCUGUUGCUAACUGGAUAAGGCUACAUGCUUCAAAAAAAUCAUGCAUUUUUAAAAAGAAUUUGAAGGGACACUACAGUGACCAAAACAACAACUUAUUGUAGUUUGUUCUGGUGAGUAUCGUCAGUCAAUGCAGGCUUUUUAAUGUAAACACAACCUUUUCAGAGAGCACCUCUGGUAACCACUCAUCAGAUAACCACUAGAGGUGCUUCCUGGGUCAUUGCUGCACAGUGUGCAGCACUGCCAUUCAGCUUCUCCACACUCUGUAUGGAGACACUGAAUGCUCCUCAUAGAGAUGCAUUAAGUCAAUGCAUCUCUGAGGACAUGCUGAUUGGCCAGUGCUGUUUGACUCUGCCCCCGUCCCGCCUCCUUGGCUGACAUCAGCUUAUAGCGCUUUUCUAUUAGGGGGCAGGUCCAGCACUGGAAAUAAGGUGAGUUUUGUUUAUGGAUUUCCAGGGAUCCUACAUGUGUUCACACUAUAGGAUCAGGAAUACACGUUUGUGUUUGUUUCUUUACAAUGAUAGAAUGUAAAGGAACACUCCAUACACCUUUACUACUACAACAUUCUGUAUUGGCUAUGGUGCCAGAAGUUGCCUGGUGAUGUCCCACCGUAACCUGUCAAACCAUUUUAGUAUGAUUUGCCACAUACCUUGCCACCGGGUGCUCAUGUUGCUUCUGAUCUUCUAGAGCUGUAAGAGCUGGAUUUCUGUUUUGUCCAAGGCAGGAACUUAUCCUGAAGCAGAAGGAGUGAUGAUGCUGUAAUAAUUAUGGUACUUUGAAUGUCCCUUUAAAUUAAAUUAUAAUUUAUUAAAAAAAAAGUUUUUUUUAGUUUUGUUUUCCCUAUUGAACUCUUCUUUUCAUUUGUUUGCUUUAAUUUACAGCCCAACUCCACCAUUUCCUGGACAAAGCAGCGCAUUGCGAUGGGGAGGCAAGACGUUUGAAGAAUUACCAAUAGUCCACGUGAAAGCAACUUAUAACAAGUCAGUUCAUGCUAAAGAACUCCAAAUUUAUUCUUUUUUUGUUUUCAUAUGAACAGAUUAAGUCAAAGUGCAGUACUUUACAUUUCACGUAAAUAAAUAAAAGAAAGCAUUCUCCACAAUAUAGAUUCAUUAGUGAUGGUGUUAAUCAACCCUUAUGCUGUUCAUUGUAUGCAGCUUAAAGUGACAUAGUGUCAGGAAUACAAACAUGUAUUCCUUACACUUUAGUGCUGGUGUGGCUGUUUAGGUCCCCUGCCCCCAUGUCUGUGCAGUGAAAAGGUGAUUUUACAUAGGAAAGCAUUGGGCGGCUAAUGAGCAUGCGCAGCAAAUCAUUCAGCAUCUCUUUAUAGAGACGCAUUGAAUCAAUGCAUUUCUAUAGCUAACGUUCAAAACCUCUGUGCAGAGUGUGGAGAAGCUCACUGUGCAGCACUGAACUAGGAAGCACCUCUAGUGACCGUCUGAGUAACUGCCACUAGAGGUGUUACUAGGCAGCAAUACAUUGAAAAGCCUGCAUGGACAGGCUUUAUACACCAUAACCACUACAUUAAACUGUAGUGGUUCUGGUGACAAUAGUGUUCUUUUUAAAUGGUUACUCCAACGAUCAUUAAGACUUAAAUGAUUUGAAGUCAUCAUGGUGCCUGGAGUAUGUAUGUGCAAUAAGUCUGCUUGAAAUAUACAGAUAUAUUAUUUAUUGUGUGCCUAGGGCUUUUUGCACCCCUAGCACAUGUGAUUUAGGCAGCCCAGAAUGCUGUUCUGUCAAUUCUGUGAAAAAAAGUAUGUAGUCGUCAUGCGGUGUGUGUGUGUGUAUAGAUAUAGAUAUAGGGGGGAGAGAGAGAGAGAGAGAGGAAUUUUGCAAAAAAUCAAAAUACUUCUCUUUAUUUCAGUUCCACUGGGGAACUUUCAUCAGGACAGAAAACAAUUUUAAAAAAUCGGCAUCAGUUAAACUCACGGGGGGUGUGUGUGUGUGUGUGUAUAUAUAUGUGUGUGUGUGUGUGUGUAUGUGUGUGUGUGUGUGUAUAUAUAUAUGUGUGUGUGUGUGUGUAUAUAUAUGUGUGUGUGUGUGUGUGUGUGUGUAUAUAUAUAUAUGUGUGUGUGUGUGUGUGUGUGUGUGUGUAUAUAUGUGUGUGUGUAUGUAUAUAUAUAUAUAUAUAUAUUUGUGUGUGUGUGUGUGUGUAUAUAUAUAUAUAUAUUGUGUGUGUAUAUGUGUGUGUGUAUAGUAUAUAUAUAUAUAUAUAUAUAUAUAUAUAUAUAUAUAUAUAUAUAUAUAUAUAUAUAUAUAUAUAUAUAUAUAUUAUAUAUAUUAACAAGUCCAGUGCACUCACAUCCACUAAACAGCAACUUCAAUGUUGAAAGAUUUCAACAUUGAAGUUGCUGUUUAGUGGAUGGGUGAGUGCGCUGGAUCUUGUGUAUUGUAUUAUUUGGCCCCCAGCAGCACCCCCAUUUAUGCAUGUUAAGGUAAGUGCAGCCAACCCCCGAGAGAGAGAGAGAGAGAGAGAGAUACACACACAUAUACAUACAGUGUGUAUAUAUGUGUGUGUGUGUGUGUGUGUGUGUAUAUGUGUGUGUAUGUAUGUAUGUGUGUGUGUAUAUAUAUAUAUAUAUAUAUAUAUAUAUAUAUAUAUAUAUAUAUAUAUAUAUAUAUAUAUAUAAUAUAGUGUGUGUGUAAUCCUCCCUCACUCCUUUCCACUCCCUCCCCUCACCUUAUCUAUCUAUAGUACCCAAUAAGGUAGAUUAAACAGAAAGUCCCCCUCCCCUCUAAAGGGUUGUAGUAACACUUUAAUACAUUUUUGUGGUGAACUGAACUGUUAAUGUCAAAUGCAUAUAAUAGACCAUUGGGAAGUUAUGUUGUGGGUGCUUCACGGGCCCAAUUUUAGCUGAAUAAAGGUGAGCUCAGGGGAGGCGAAUUAAUACAUUAUAUAUUCAGAGAAAACACAAUUUAAAGGACAAUGUAUGCAAUAUGUGGGACAUGCAGCCUGUGCCCCAUGUCUGGACUUUUGCCAAGUGUCCGUUAUACUAAUAGCUUAAAUGCUUAAAGCGAACAUGCUUAAAUUAAAAUUAUCAGUCAUCAACCACAAGCUGGGUGCAAGGGGUUUUCUUGCUUAAAUUAAAAGUGGUAAAAUGUUUCCCAAUGCUAAGCAAUUUUUCCUGCAAAAAUUAAAACCAAAACUUGGCUCACCCUACGUGUCAUGAUGUGGACUCAAAUGAUGAUAAAUAUUAAAAAUAAACAAUCUCUCAUGUUCGGGCAUAGUACAUUUGGAUAAGCAGUAAGAGUCUAACUCCACAAUAUAAUAGUGUUUGCAAUUGCCUAUCUGCAGACAGGAGUGGUUUCUCAUAGUGUUAAUUGUAUAUAUAAAGAGGUUAUAACCAAAUGGGGAAACUACUGACUUGGCAAGGUAUCCAGAGAGUCAUAGUAAUUAUUACAGAAAAAAAACUUUUCGUGGAUCAUAUCAGGCUUGUUCUACCCUUAAAUGCAAUCCAACCAUGCAUGCCUCUUCUGUGCAUGAAGUACAGCCACCUCAUGCAAUUAAUUUGAAAUAUCCCUUUCUGUUACUGAUAUAUGGUUGUCAUAUCUUUAGAGCACAAAAAAGAUGUCUAUUUCUUUAGUUAAGCUAGCAUCAGGUGUUGUGUGUGUGUGUGUGUGUGUGUGUUUUUUUUGCUUUUUGUUAACUGUAAAUUUCAAAGCCAUGUGUUCUCUUCUAUAUACAGAUAUGGCUUAAAAUUGGCCAUCUUGAUAUCUCAAAAUAAUUGCACCUACAAUUUGCAAUAGACAACUGACCUUCAAAUAUAUACAGUGUGUACAGAUGAAAAAGAAAUGAUGGGAGCAAAGCAGCUUCUCGGUAGUUACAUGCAUAUUUGAUUUUUACUGGAGAGGUCCUAGAACGUGUUUUCUGCAUGUUUCUGCUAUAUCUGCAUUUCUGUAUGCAUGCUAGAUAAUUGAGGCAUGUAAAUUGACACGUGCCUGUUGAACACAAAUUGUAAUAUGGAAACUAAAUGAACUACCUUGCAGCCAGAUGGCUUAUGGCUAAGUAAAGAAGUAAGUCUAUAUUGAGCAUAGUGGAAGUUUUCAUGUGCUCACUGCAUUUAAAAUGUUAUGUUUGCAUCUGUUUCAGUACACAUGUCCAGGUGACCAGUUUUGAUAACCAGUCACUAGUACGCACAUCAUGUGGCACUGAGGGCUUCAGAAAUGCUAAGAAGAGCAGUACCGUAGCAGCUCAGACGGCAGGAAUCUCAGCGGCAGCAGUAAGUUCUGUCUGAAUGGUUUUGUUGGGGGGUGGGGGGUGGAUUUUAUGGAAUUAUUGUAAAUGUUUCAAUAUUAAUAGUAAAUAUAAUAUCCAGUCUGUAUAUCCUUUAUUAUCUAUCCCAGGACGUAUUUGAAAACUUUUGAGUUAUUUGAGUUAUGUGAAUGUUCCUUUCCUGGUUAAAUACUUUAUUAUAUGUACGGAUGUUCAUAUUUAUAUUUAAAAUUUGUGUUUGGCACUGGACAGGUGACAGUAAAAAAAAAAAAAGUGGAGUAAUGCAAGGGCGGCAGUUACAAACCUUUUGUAAUAUUGCACACACAUAGAAAAUAGCCUGAAAUCUGUAGUAAAGUACGUAUAAUAGUUCAGUAGAGAACAGAAUUACUUGCAAUGUUUGCUUAUGUCCCAUGCUAGGAAAAAGGGGUUAUAUGUGACAUCAGACAGAAAAACAGAUUUUGUACAAGUGAGAGUCCAUGCCCUAUCCAAAUAAUUUUAUUGAUGAUGUGAGUGCUGAAUUGUCUUAAGGUAAUGGCUCAAAUAUCCACUUGGUGGCAGCACACAUCCAACCUAGUGACCGUUUUUGAAAUUUUAAGAAACAGUUUGCACCAUGUAUAUUGGAGCUAAGCUCUGCCUAUUGAGAAUUUCUUUUUUUUUUUUUUUUCUGAUGCAUAGAUUUCCCACUGACUAGCAGCACACAGAUAGGUCACUACAUUUCAGUUUGGCAAAUAAAACUAAUUAGGGCAAGCCUUUGAAAAUAAGCCCAUAACAGUUUUCUUUGCACAAUUACAUAAAAUGCUGACAUGACCUCUAUGUUGUUCUUUGUUACUGUAAUGAUUAUCUGCUGCUACUGAUGAUACUGUUUCACAAAGCAUUUUUAUUGGCAGCAAUAUUUAAAAAAUAAAAAAUAACAGGGAUGACUGUCAUUUGAGCGAUUUACACAACAGUUUCUAACUAUGAGUUUCUCAUUCAAUAGUUUUACAUGUUCUAAGCCUCAAAAAGAUCUUAAGGCUAGAUAUGUUAUAUAUGUGGUUAUAGCAUAUUUCAGUACAGCAACCAGAAUUUGAACUGGUUUCUUUUACAAACUUAACCAAAUGGAGAUGAAGACUUUUUACCCCCUAAUCCCCACAUAACAACUUACUAUCUUAUUUUAAUUUAUUAUUUUUUUAUUUUUUUUGAAGUGCCAAGUUACAUAGAUUGGAUGGCAAUGACAUUUGGCAUGAUAGUACAGUAGAAACAAACAAGUUUAACACUUUUGCAGGAAAUGUAAUGAGUGGCAGCACAUUUUUCUUUUCAUAGUAAGAGACUAAAGGUUUAUAAACCGACUAGUUAGGGUAGUAUAGGCAAUGUAUGGUAUGCCAGGCUAUGGGUAGGUAGGAAAAACCACAGGGCCUCCGCUCAGUUACACAUAAGAAUGUACUAGGUGGCUGGAGCAUGCAACCGUGGACAAUGGAAUGCCACUUAUCAGAGUGGCUAGAGCACUGUUUUUUUAUACUAACAAACAAAUUAUAGAUAAAGAUAAAAACAAUGCUAUAAAGCAUACGUGCCCUGUCAGUGGGUAGUUGUAAGGAUUCGUGGCUCAACGGAGAAAGCACAGACUAGCUAAAUGCCUUGAUUUGCAUGCUAAACUAGGCUCCAUGAGGUUGAGCUGGUUUGGCUUUGGUGGGCAAGUGAGCCUCUAGUAGUAUAUAGUGGGAGACUCUUUAUGGAGUGUGCUAAGCCAAGAGGAAUACCCAGUGUGCUCCUACUCCCAGGAGAAGACUGUCUACCUGCGCUAUUUCACAGUUGAGUAGCAGGGGUAGCCUGCGUGGAGUUAGUCACGUGGAAUUCUAGUAGUGGAACACACCGCUGUAGGUCGGGGUGCUCUAAGGUUGCUAGGAUAAUCUGUAUCCCGGGACCUAUUGCUGGUGCUAGGUGGGAACUCCAUAGGGGAUCCGGUGCGUAUCUCAUUCUAUACCCCUGUAAGCAAGCCGAGGACCUACAGUGAGGACCCUUCCAUUUGGAAACAGUGGGGAGGAAGAACAUUUAAACCAGGUGAUCGUCCUGUUGGCAGCCAUUGACGUGUACACUCUAGGGGUACCAAGCAGGGUACUGAACUAAAGGGAGCAUAAAGGAAGGCAUUCGAGAAUAGUAUAUGUUGCUAAGUCUCCGCUUGGAUGGUGACUGCUGCGUAGGGUUCUGGUGUAGAGCCUUGUGGGAGAAACUGAGUGAUUCCUGAUGGAUCCCAGGUAUGGGGUGGGGAGCUUGAAUUGUGUGCCCCCCCAUGGGUGAGAGUGUCUUGUGGAGGCCCAGAGACCGCAAUUGGGCUGUUGCUUCUUGGAUCUGGUGCGAUUCCGUCCCCUGUUGUACAAUGAGCCUUCAGGAGAGCCACCAGCGGUAGGCAAUGUUGUGUCAUUGAAACAGGGAGAUGAGUGGUCGGAGUGACCUGUGCCAUGCUAGGGUUUCAUUGGACAGGUCGGUGAAGAAUGUCAGCGUCAUGUCAUCGAAGUGAAGAGGGUUUUUUCCCCCGUAGGGCUGUGAGAACCGCUGUUUUUUCUUUCCCGUUGCGAAAGGAGAGUAUAAUGUCCCUUGUGGCCGUGGCCAGUGCUCUGACAGGUUUGGGGGACCCUAAAGAGCUCUUCAAGAUUAAUAGGUUUGGCCAGCCUGGGCGGCAAUAUGGCUAACGGGUGUCUCAGGACGUGCGGCAGCUCAGCUUCUGGGACCCCUCUAACCUUCAGAUGUGCCACAAAGCGGAGUUCAUGCAUCCGGUUCUGCUGUUGUAGAUCGUGCACGGCCUGUUAGUGUGGCAACAGUUUGGGUGGUAGCUUGGGAGGAUCCCUCCAGCAUGUUAAUGCGGCCUGUCAGGCAUUGUAGGUCGCCUUGGAGCGCAGAUACAUCCGCGAGAAUGUUCUUUUGCAGGUCUGUCAGUAAUGUUUUCAAGACCACUAUGCUUUAAGUCUGUUCCCCAAUUUAGUGGGUCUUGCCUUCAGGGCUUGAGCAGGCAGGAAUUCUUUGGCGUCCCCAGAGAACUUAUCGUAGAAAUCCGAGCAGCCGCCAUAUUGGACCCACUAGCGCCAUAUGCUUGCCUCCACAUGUCGCCUAUUGUCAGCCCCAGGGUAGACUUAACCGAUGACGCUUUCUUCGUCUUGCGUCCCAUGUGGCUUAGGGAGUCCCCACUGACUUUUUGAGGGUAUGAGGGUGCAAAUUAAUAGCUGAUUUCACCGUUUUAGACACGGAGCUUCAGGCUCAUGCGACCACUGGCUUUGGUGGUCAAGCUCCACCCCAAUAGCCUACUAUUUGCCUCCAUCAUAGGACAAAAAAAUGCUUUAAAGAUACACAUUACAUACUGCUAUAAUAAUAAAACCCCUUUAAAUGACGUCUUGAUCAUUCUUACUCUUCAGUAGUUGGCAUUAUAUAGCACUUAUUCUUUUUUGUUUUUUUUAUGCUAUUUUUCUCUGUAUGCUGGUUUGCUUGCUAGUUUUGAGUAUACUGCAAGAGUGUUUGUUGUGGUUUUUUUUUGGUUUGGUUUUUUUGACCCCCUUAUCAUGAAACCAUGUUAAGAAGAAAAAAUCUCCAUUCAAUUUAAAUGAAUAGUUUUAUUUGUAUGAGCGUUCCAAAAACGACCAGGUUUUAAACAAGUUGCUAUUCAGAAAUUCAGUGAAAAUUAUUAGAAAAUACAAUGUUAUUAAUAUUAAUGUGGCAAUAUAAAGUAUUAUUGGACCACUCCCACAAUUUUAAUUUAAAGAGGUGCCUACUAUUUUAUCUCUGAUCAUAAAUUCUUGAAGUUCAACUUAAUUUUAUAGUUCGAUACAAUACAACAUACAAUAAUUAGAUUACUUAAAAAUAUAUUUUAUUGUGCCAACAACAAUCUAUGCGAUCGUAACAUAAUCAGUGAUCAUACAACAUUUAACAAAGAAAACUGCUUCAAACAUCAUAAUAAAAUUUCCAGAAUAGACUAUGAAAUCUGGAUAAUGAGCAAUGUAGCUACUGGCUCAAAGAAUUUCACCAAUGAAUGCAGUUACUCAACCUAAUAUAUCGCAUUAACUUUUAAUAUUCUUCACCAUAAUGAGAGGAAGUCUCAGAAGAAAUGGUCGUUGUAUGUCGUUUCUUAAGAAUACGACAAUUUAUGUAUUGUAAGCAUAAAAUGAAUGAACAAUAUAAUGCAAACAAAAGAUAAAAAUAAGGAAGGGUAAAUAUCAAAAGGAGUAGAAAAACACACUGAAGGUAAUGAUUAAUGCCAUGUUCUCUGUAUUAUUAAAGACUUGAUCCUACUAGUUUUGUAUGGCAGAUACUUAUCAUUAGUAAAAGCUAGAUAGGAGUCUAAUUUUUACAAUUUUGGUUGACUGAAUAUUUUUGUACAGACCUAGCACUUCUGGAAAUCCUUCUGUAGCUCAAUGUAGUAAACUGAAAGUCCCAGUUUUCAAACGCAGAUCAAUUUGGGGCUUACUUAGCAUUUUCUAUUUACGUGUGCCCAGUUUUUUUUUUUUUUUUUUUUUCUUCUUUUGUUUUCUAAAGGAGGCACCAUAAAAUACUGAAAACCUAACAAACAAAACAACAACAAAAAAACUAAAAUUUUUUUUUUUUUUACUUCUUCUUUGUCUUCACUUCAAGAUUAUUUUUUAAAUUUAUUUUUAUAUAUCUUUUCUCCGAUAAUGGUCUUUGAUUUGAAUUACACAGAGUGGCACACGUUCAUCAGAACUGUUUAAUUUUGACGUGAAGUAAUUAUAAUAUAACUGUUAAAUUCACCAACUUCUUCUUCUUCUAUGUCGGUCAGAAUAGCCACCCAUAUCACAUACAGCACCCCAUGACACUUUUAGCCCAGACUCUGCCUUUUGACACCAUUAAAUAAUAAUAAUGCUAGUGUACAUUUUAUACAUCCCUAUUUUGCCUGAUGUCCCUACGUUGACAAAGUCCUUCUUCUGUGUUGGUCCAUUGUCGUGCACUGCACAGAGAAAAUGUUUGUCAGAGAUGGACACAAUCCACCAUCCUAGAGAGCCUCCACAAAUAGUCUUUACAUUCUGCAACCUUCUGCCAAACAAACACUUAUUUAGUUUGUCCCCCUCCCAUUGCAUGUUCAAAAUCAACCUUUUAAUCAUGCCCUUAAAACUUUCCCCAUUGCUGUGAAUUACUCCUUACUCUCAGGCACAAACUGCUUCAUUGUCACUAUGCUUGCUACAACAACUUAAUUUACCCAAUUACCUUUUCAGUACCUAGCUCUCCUUUAUCCAUUCACCAUCCACUCACCCACUACAAUUUAAGUGACAUUCUCACUUGAGAGUGCAAGGUAAUUACCUUCACCUUAUACCAUUUCUAAUACAUUUACAUAGUUUUCAUGUACAUAACCAUUAUUUUCAAAAUGCCACAUAGAUAUUAAGACAUUUGCCUCCUUUACAUACAUUUCAACCUACUUCUACUCCAUUCCGUACUCCAUUAGAUUUGGAAGUAGAGCUGGUUUUCUUCUACAUUACUCCUUCACACAAACUAAUUAGUUCACCUUACUUGAAUUACCUAACUUUGGAACUCAGUUCUCUUUAAUUUCCUUUGCUCUUCUUAUCACUAUCAAAUACCACCCCCAAAGUAAAGUAUUUAUUACUUAAAAUAAUUGUCUGACAGCUUUCCCCUUACUCUCUUUAUUUUGGCCUUAUGCCUCCCUAUAUCACCUUGUCAUCACGAUUUUAAGACACAAUGAUUACUCUUUUUCUCUCUAUCCUCACUCAAAUGGACACUAUAGGAAUCAAAAUAACAUUCGCUUAAUGAAGGGAUUUUGGUAUAUAGAUCAUGCCCCUGUAGUCCCACUACUCAAUUCUGUCAUUUAGGAGUUAAAUCACUUUGUUUAUGCAGCCAUAGCUACACCCCACUACAUGUAACAUGCACAGCCUUCCUAAACACUUCCUGUAAAGAGUCAUCUAAUGUUAAAACUUCCUUCACUGACAUGAGAGAAAUACCAUCAUGCAAAGUUGGUACAAAGAUACAAACAUAAUUCAGGAUUCAUGAGCACAUAUUUACAGGAAAUGUACAGUUAGAGCUGUAGUCAGUGAGGCAAAUUUAAUUUUUUUUUUUUUUUUUUUUUUUGUUAUACACAAGCCCAGGCAUCUCUAUAUAAUAGGUGAAACGGUAAGCGGCCAAUGCAAGGAUUAACUAAAUGUCGUCUCAAUUUUAUGGCAUUAGAAUUAUCUAUUCUAUUAUCGUUUACUCUAGGUAUGCCGGUGCAAAUGAGUGUAUGUAAUGAGGCCAAUAAUAAAAUUGAAAAUAAAUCCAAAGCAAACUAAUUGAAAUCAGGCUAGUGUGCAUUAUGCAUUUAUGCUAGGCUAUCAUCCAGGCUUAGACAAAUCAGAGGCUAAUUUGUUAACUGUUGGAACAUAGGAUAAUAGAUUGGAAUCCUCAUGUAGGCUUACGCGUUUAGGCAUAGCCAACAAGAGCAAAUAUCUGCCACUGAUACAGAGGCAUGGAGGAGGAACUUGGCAAAAAUAGACACCUGUAGUCCUUGUCAAAGAUCAGGAGACUUUGUGUAAGUCAGACAUUUCAGAAUGUGUAAGAGAAGAUAACAUUAAACAUCCUAAAGUAUGGCAACACCAUUCUGGUGCUUGGAAAGUCAUAGGGAGCCUCCGGUUGUAGCUGCUGCGUAGGUGUUCGACGGUACAAAAGAAGUAACCUUCACCGGGUCUCAUUUAUGCGAUGUUGCGGAGGUACAGCGUAGGCCAGCCCUGGCCAUGGAAUCUUGCGGUAGACUCAGGGUCUCCGGUAGAGCUGCCGCUUCUACUAGAUCAUGGACGAAGUAGGUAGUGUAUCCUCGCAGGACCUGAAACUGUAGGCUUUCCCCCAUGUAACAUGCACCACCAGGUCCCCCGUGGCGGAUUCAGGGGCUUAGGGACACUGAAGGUCGCAUCGAUACUGACAUUCUUGUUUGGGAGUCAACAAGGCCCCUAUAAGUCUCCACACAAGAGGCAGGAGCUCUGCAGGUAAGAUUUCAGGUAUGCCUCGUAUCUUGAGGUUGUUGCGGCGUUGUGCGUCUUCCAGAAGAGCGUAGCAUUGCUCAAAGGUGUGUUGCUGCUUCUUAACGCUCUGCACUUCGAUAUCUGCGGUGAGCUUUUUGGACCGCAAUACAGUUGCCACUGCCACGGUCCGUAGACGACUCACGAGGCCUGUAGGGUCAGAGCAAAGAGUGGCCUCAUCCUCCUGUAUAGUUUUCUGGAGGUUGGAGAGUAGCUAUUUCAGAGUGGCUGUGGUCACAGGUUGAGCGUCAUCACCCUAAGCAGCUGUGUGGGGUUGUGUAAGAGGCGGCAAGAUAGCAUUUCUCCUGUUAAUCAGUAGGUCCUCUGAGGAGUCAGAGAAGUCGUUGAUGUCAGCGGUCAUCUUGGGCCCACACGUGCCAUGCGCUUGCCUCAGCAGAUCUUCGAUAUUCAUACCCGUUCUGAGCUUGUUGGGGCUUGUUUUGGUCUUACAUACAUUGUAUGUGUUUGCACCUGCACCUCCGUUUUCGGGUCGGAAGACUGUUCUCUGAAAGUCAGAAUUCUAGCAAGUUGUUACAAGGCCAAUACAGUGAGCAUCCUUCUGUGGCAGCUGCUUGGCUCCACCUAUCUCUUGCACUUUUGUAAUAGCCUUUUGGAACCUGCAGAAACCUCCUCUUUGUAAUUAAAGUUCAAUUUACAGAGCAGGAGAGAAUUUCUAAAGCAAGUUAACAUCUGAAACUUUUUUUUUUUUCCAUGCAGGCUGUGCCAGUCACUGCCAGGAGAGCUGUGGCUAGGGCUGCAUAAACCGAAACAAAGGUGACUUAACUUCUAAAUAACAGAGAAUUUGAGAUUACAGGGGCAUGAUUUAUAUACUUGAACUGCUUCAUUAAGCUAAAGUUAUUUUGGUGACUAUAGUGUCCCUUUAAUCUAGCCCUUUCCUGUUAUCCAGUUCACUGGCUGCAAAUUCAAAAGCCUGAUUUACUGAAGGGUUUAAGAGGCUUCUCCUCUCAAUAAGGUUAAAUAAUUCAUCUGUGUUAAACUAAAGUACGGUAAAUUGUGUUCAUGGAAUCGUCAGUCUGGAAGUACUGGGGCACAGCUACACUAAAGAUAAAGUGCAGUGUACCCAAAAGGGAAGAGAGAUGUUCUGGUAUGCAGCCUAUUUAACUACACAAACAUAAACGUAAAAAAAACCUACUGUACUAUAGCAUGGUAGUAUCGGUUGUAAGAAGUAGCUGUGGAGUAGGUUGUUGUAGGCAGAUGAUUUACACAUAGUUAUUGAUGCUUUCCUAAAGUAGUAGGGAUUUUUAAUGGACUGGAGAUUAGGGCACACUGUGACUAAGUGUGAAUGUGCCAUCCCUUUAGAUCCAUUUUAAAAUAACUAUUUCUGUAUAUGAAUGAAUAUGGUCUAACAUAAUGCUUGGGUACAUAUGUCAAUCAAAUAUUGCUCAAUUAGAAAUAUGGGGCCUAAAGUGCCCCAAGAAGACCUAUCCUCCAACCAUUACACCACAAGCCAGUUCUGUUCAAACCUGGUAGGAUGGAGUCAUGCAGUUGGUUACUCUACCAAAAUCAAAAACGAGAACAGCACACACCUUAUGAAAGGACCACCAUUAUGGUGUCACAUGAACCAAGGAGACUACCAAUCCCUUGAAGUAUAUCAAAUGAAGAACAUAAAUGUAUGGGUACCCAGGAUAUAUUCAGUUUCCAGACUUUUUAUUGAAGUGGAAUGGUAUAUUGCGCAUUGAUAUAUCGUGUUUUGUGCCCGGACAUCUAUGUUCUACAUAACCUCAUCCUACUACCUGUAUGUUUCAGCAGAAAUUGAGAAAAAUCCAUCCACGUAAUGUUACUGUUAUCAGUCUUCCAGUUCUGGCAAACACAUGCCCUCUAACUAUAUGUUUCUGUUCUUAUCGGAUUGGGAUUGUAACCUACUAUUCCGCUUGUGUAGUCAAUCUGCUUUAUGGUUUGAUGUUUAAAAAGGCAUGUAUAAGGUAUAAAGAUGAGCACUACUUCAACUUACUAUUAAUAAAAUCACAGAUUUUAUUCAGCAAAAGAUGAAAACAAAUUACUAAUUGCAAAGUAACCAAUCAAUAGUGGCAAAGAUUCACCAAACAUUACUGCAUAUAACAAAUACAGCAGUCAGUCUAUCAGAGACAUGUGCAGCCCAUCCUCCUUCCUAUAAUUUUGAAAUACUACAUAUGUGUGUUUUUUUAUGAACUUGAAUUGGGGAUAUGCUAUUUUAAAGAUACGCUAUCUGACAUCAUAUUGAACUUAUUAAUCGGCAUUAGAAGGGGAAAAAAAAUACACACCACAAGCCUUGUGACAAUCAAACUGAGUGUUUUUUAGCUCGCCAAUCCUUGAAAAUAGUAUGGUCCUUUUUAUUUUCUCCUUAUUUUCCAAAGUGUUGAAAUUUGCCCUAUCUGACAGCUCUGUAUUUUAUAGUCCUUUAUCUCCACGGGAGCUGACAUAUAGGCAGCCUCCUAAGUAGUCAAAGUCUGAAUUUGCAGUGAAACAGUCACACAGUAGCCUUGUCCUCUCAACAUUCUUCGCAUCAACCUGCAUUACCUUGCAUUGCAGUCCAAGACUGUUUAUUUCAAUGGGGGAAGAGAGGCUUUUGAAAGAGGGGGGAAAAAAAACUGUUCAUCUUCACAUACCGUAGGAGGUGAGCGAGACAGACCUUUUAUUUUUUUUAAAGUAAUUUUAAGAGCAUGCAUUUUUCAACUUGCUGGUCAGUUGGAGUUCUAUUAAAAAGCAUUUUCUGCUUAUAGAUUAGGCACUGGCUGUUCCAUUUAUUCAAGUUGAUACCCCCGUGGUUUAAUUCGUAAGCCAUGAUUUUUCCUUUGCAAUUUUCUCUCUGCUUGCCAUUCUGUAUUUGUUAUAUAAUUGUUUAUUUCUGGAUGGGCCAGGAUGGGUAUUUCCUCGAUUCAACGUGACAAUAUGUCAAUCAAAUGAUGUCGUCUUGAUUAUGUUUAUUCCUAUGUGUAUUAUCAUCUGUUUUAAGGCAAUCUCUUUUGUGGGAUAAGGUGUUAAUUAUAAUAUGCUCAUUAAAGCAUACAAAAAAGGAAUAGAUGGAAGAUGCAAAGGUGAACAGAAAGGAAUAAAGCACUGGACAGAACCAGAUCCUAAAUCCGUCGAUUUAUUUAUUUAUUUUUUGAUUAGAUGAAAUAAAGAAUUAUUGUAUCAGAAGACCGUGAGUGCAGCCCAUGCUUCUAAAAUAUAUAUUUAUAUAGCAUUUAGAUGGAGAUAUCUCUCUCUCUCUCUCUCUCUCUCUCUCUCUCUCUCUCUCUCUCUCUCUCUCUCUCUCUCUCUCUGAGAUAUCUCUAUAUCUCUCUCUCUCUCUCUGAGAUAUCUCUAUCUCUCUCUCUCUCUCUCUGAGAUAUCUCUAUCUCUCUCUGAGAUAUCUCUAUAUCUCUCUCUCUCUCUCUGAGAUAUCUCUAUAUCUCUCUCUCUCUCUCUCUGAGAUAUCUCUAUAUCUCUCUCUCUCUCUCUGAGAUAUCUCUAUAUCUCUCUCUCUCUCUCUCUGAGAUAUCUCUAUAUCUCUCUCUCUCUCUCUCUGAGAUAUCUCUAUCUCUAUCUCUGAGAUAUCUCUAUCUCUAUCUCUAUCUCUGAGAUAUCUCUAUCUCUAUCUCUAUCUAUGAGAUAUCUCUAUCUCUAUCUCUAUCUAUGAGAUAUCUCUAUCUCUAUCUCUAUCUCUAUCUAUGAGAUAUCUCUAUCUCUAUCUCUAUCUAUGAGAUAUCUCUAUCUCUAUCUAUGAGAUAUCUCUAUCUCUAUCUAUGAGAUAUCUCUAUCUCUAUCUCUAUCUAUGAGAUAUCUCUAUCUCUAUCUAUGAGAUAUCUCUAUCUUAAUAAUGGAAGCAUGGGCUGCACUCACGGUCUUCUGAUACAAUAAUUCUUUAUUUCAUCUAAUCAAAAAAAAUCAACGUUUCGGUCCACACAGGGACCUUCCUCAGGACAAAGUGUCAAUUACAGAGUGAAACAAACUUAGAUAUAUACUCAUAUGAAUUAUAGAAAAGUGACUUACCCCAGGUGUGUAGUGUUUAAGCCCAGCGUUCUCCCCGUGUUACUGCGCAUGUGCAAAAACACCACGCCCCCACAUAGACCCGCGGCCCAUACUUGAUGACGUGAAUUAACACCAUUACCACGGCAACUCUGUCACCGUCACCAUGUAUACCGUCUAGGUACAAAUAAACAGACGGCACCUCGUAGUGAAUACCCCAAAAAUAUAUGUGAACAGGGAUAAAGUCACAUAAUAAAGAAAGUGAAAGGAAGAUAAAAAUACCUAUAAAACAUGCAUUGAACGUUAGAGAUAGUAAAGGAUCCACAGUGUGUACAUAUACAAUUUAGAGUAACCCCAUUGCUAUGAUAAGCUAAUCAGGGGAAAGCAUAUACAUUUAUAAAAUCUAUAUACAUUUUCAGGAGCUAUACUCUUUCAAAGUUGGUCUCCCCCUUAUUUAAACUGUGCUUUAUUAUCCUAAAAUCCUAAGGUGCUUAAGAGAUGUGAAAAUUGGAUAGUCCUGGUGUACUAUAAAUAUUAGUAUUGCCACAAUAUAUCUUUAAAGUGCAUAUAGUUAAAUAUAAAGUUGCAGUUAUAUCAUUAGUAAGAAAAGUGCAUGUGCUGGUGAAAACUAAAACUGAACUAAAAUAUAAUGAACGCCAAAAUUAAAUGUUUUUUUAUAGUGUUAGAGAGACCUGUAACAACAAACCCCCAUUUAUCAUGUAUAUAGUGUAGUCAAUACUGUAUUCUCCAUUUCCAUCAGCAUGCAAUUAGAAUUAGAGCUUCAAGGCAGAGUUUCCGUGAAUGCCCAUUUUUAUGGUAUUGUUAUAUAUCAAUUUGAAGAAGCCAAUAUCAUAUAUCUGGCUAAACAUGCCUCUGUCUGCUAUGUUACCAGCAAAUCUGGCUAUUAAAGCCCAUUAAAUUUAAAUAUCAUUGUUGCUUCAAAUUAUAAAAAAUACUGGACUAUCAAGGAAACCUGUCUAUCAGCUCUAUAUACUUAAAAACAAUUUAAAACUAGCGAGGUUUAUAUAGCAGAACUAGCAAGAUUUAUAUUACAGAAAGGAAUAGAAUGUUAUCAAUUCAUUGAGAUCCUUCGGGCAAACUGUGUCCAUUUUAAAUAUCCAGUAAGUUUCUCUGUUCAAAAGCAUCUUUCUUCUGUCACCGCCACGACGUGGUUCCGUCACGAACGUUUAACCAUCCUCAUUCGAAUAAGAAAUUUUACAUUAAUUAUACUAUUACUUGCAAAACUCAGUUUGAGAGAUAUAUAUAUAUAUAUAUAUAUAUAUAUAUAAUCUCUCUCUCUCUAAAAAACUUAACAUUUAAUCAGUAAGAUAAAAAGUCCAUGGAAUGGACUAAAAGGAACAAGACUGACCACAGACUAAAUAAAAAAUGUAUAAAAGAACGAUACACAAAAGAAUAAAUGUAUUUGCUAAAAUAGCCCACUGAAACUGCUCUUGUAAAAACACGAGACACCCGGUAUCUGGAUGGAGAUGUCAGAUCUCAAUAGUUUGGUGCAGAGAUUAAUGCAAAAGCACACUCUCUAAUAACUAGUAAAUAAAUGUGUGACACUGUCAAUUGCAACACAGUGUCUAGAUUGUCCAGUGUCAAAAUUGUAACUUUACAAACCUGGGGGGAAUAAUGAAAGAGGGGGAAAAUCCAUGGGAGCAGAGAAGGGGAAUAAACCAGAAAUCUGCUUUCUCACCUUAUAUGUGCCUUCAAGGGCACCUCUUACCCCAGUAAAGAUUAACCCUAUACUGGCCGAUGUAAUCAGUAAAACCUCCCCUCAAUUCCCCAGGAGUAAAACCAAGUACUAGAUGAUAUUCAAUAAACGCACGGUAGUAUUGUGUAGACAAGAUGCUGGUUAGAGCAAGCUUGUCCCCUGCAACAGAUUUCUGCUAAGGAUGGCGUUCCUUAACUGCCUGGUAUUCGUUUUAAGAUAGCUAAAAGAAGCAAAACUUCCCCUGAGGCUGUUUCCUACAACAGAUUUUUGCUAGGGAUGCUGUCACAGAAAUAUCGCUAUCAUUCAACUGCCUCUUAUCAGUUUUAGGAUAAAUAGCUAGUAAGAGCGAAGCAUCAGAUGAGCUAAAAAGAAAUGUGCGUCAGGGGUAGCUUUUUUUACUUUGUACAUUUUUUUUAAAAUUUUUUUAUUUAUUUUGUUUGUGGUCAGUCUUGUUCCUUUUAGUCCAUUCCAUCGACUUUUUAUCUUACUGAUUAAAUGUUACGUUUUAUAUAUAUCAAUUAGGAUUUAAGAUCUGGUCCUGUCCGGUGCUUUAUUCCUUUCUGUUCACCUUUGCAUCCUCCAUCUCUUUCUUUUUUGUACAUUUACACCAGGGUUAGCCCCCGCUAGGAGGGUAUGCAACUCUAGGCUCCACUUGUUCGUUUCUUUUCUUUUUUAAUCUCUUUAAAGCUUAUAUCUGCAUGCAGUAAUUGGUGCAUGUUCUGCGUUAAACUGUAUUAUUUAAUAUGCUGAGUUUCCAUUACAUUAAUAUUUUACAAUCUAUUAUUUACAGAAAGCCAUUACUAAAGGUGUGUCUCAUGUGAGAGUUAUUGUAAAAGGCUUGGGACCCGGAAGACUGGUGAGUAAAUAAAAGGGGCUUUUAUCAUUCAGUUUAUAUUCGUAGUUUGUAGUAUGUUGCAGUUCUGUUUUAAUAUUAAAUGACCAGUCUAAGCACCCUAGCCACUAUGUAUGUAGUUGUUGUAGUACUAUUACGCCGCAGGUGUCUUCUGCCUUGCACCUGCUUGUCAGAAUUGACAAUUUGAUAAUUCCUCCAAUUUCAUCCAUAUUUGAAUGGCACCGAUUGGCAUAGAGAAUCACCUGACAUGCUUACCCAAUCAAAUCUUUCCAAAUAUGUAUUAAAUUGACAUUAAUACUAAAAGAGAACAUCCUCCUUAUCAAUUCUUGCAAGUGCAGUCGGAACACUGUUUCGGAUCUCCUAAUUUUGGUAAAAACACUUGAACGGUAUAUUCGAGAAUCGGGAGACGAUGCCUGCAGCCUAUUAGCACUAUACCAUUACAUCGGCAUGGGGUUAAGGGGUUUAGAAUGCCCAUUCAACAGGGGAAACAAAUACAGUAGUAACAAAAUAUAAUUUAUUUAUUUUUUGCAUGAAGGAAGGCAGCCAUUACCUCUACCUCACUGAUUUUACUGAAUAAAUGUUGUACUAGAGUUUAAGAUUUAUGAAAAUUAUAUACUGUUUAUACUCUAGUAUAACAAAAAACUGGGAAAACUUAUUGACUCGAGUAUAAGACUAUAAGAAUAUUACUUACAUUUUUUUUAAUUUUUUUCAUCCCCCCUCCCUGCUUGAUACAUGGCCAGGGAGGGGGGGCUAUAUUAUUCCCUGGUGGUCCAGUGGAUGGGCUGGGAACAAGCUGUUACUUGCCUUUAUAGCAGCUUCGUUCAGCUCCCUUCUCCACUGUAAGUCUCGCGGUCUGCGUGCCGCCCGGAGCGUUGCCACACCACGGCUCUUGCGAGACUUACAGUGGAGCUGAACAGCAUGGAGGAAAAGGGAGCUGAACGGAGCUACUUUAAAGGUAAGUAACAGCUUGCUCUCAGCCUCCAGCAGGACCGCUGGGCUUGUAAUGAGCCCGGCGGUCCUGGUCUGUAUUAUGGCAAUGUAAGUUUCCAUAAUACAGACAUUGACUCGAGUAUAAGACGAGUGGGGGUUUUUCAGCACAAAAAAUGUACCGAAAAACUCGUCUUAUACUCUAGUAUAUACGGUAACUCAAAAAAUAAACACAAUGUGUGGACUAGUAGAUAUGGACCCUAUUUUUUUUCCAUAAAUUGCUUAAGAGGAUUCUAGGGACUUCUGUCCUUUUCUCAUUGUACUGAGGGAAUUUUACAUUGGGCAUUUACAUUCAGUUAGUUAAAGUGCUUUGUGUCUGGAGUCUGUCAUAUUUGGGACAACUUAUGAAAGUGCCGAUUUCAAUAGAAAUGUGCGCUUUUAUAAAUUCAAAGCAGAAACGUCUCCCUGGCUGUCAAUCAGCCAGCCGAUAAGGUCUUAAUUUUUCUUCAUACGUCAGCACCACGUAGCUAACCGAAGCAGCAGUCGUGCUGGGCUAGAAUGCACCUGCCUGUCCCCCUUCUCAUUAAGCUGUACCACUUAGGAAAGUCAUAAUAGCAUGCUCCAGCACUGUGGCUUCUUAAUGAGACGUCUCUGGUGUUUUUCCAGGCACAGACUGCAGGUUUGUGCUAGGGAAAGAGAGGGGAGCUUGUAAUCAUCUGCAGCUUUUUUUCAAGACCUUUUUUUGGGAGAAAAAAGUAGAAUGAACAGUCAAUACAAACUUUCUAAAUUAAAGGACCACUGCUAUGUUUCACUGAGGAUUAAUCCAUCCUCUAGUGGCUGUCUCACUGACAGCCGCUAGAGGCGCUUCUGCGAUUCUCACUGUGAAAAUCACAGUGAGAAGAUUCUGGACGUCCAUAGGAAAGCAUUGAUUAAUGCUUUCCUAUGGGCUGUUUGAAUGCGCAUGCGGCUCUUGCUGACAUCGGCAGAGGGAGGAGCGUGCUGCUCUAGCUGACAUCGGCAGAGGGAGGAGCUGGAAAAAGGUAAGUGGCUGAAGGGGUUUUAAACCCUUCAGGUCAGUGGGAGGGGGCCCUGAGGGUGGAGGGGACCUAAUGACCCUAUAGUGCCAGGAAAACUAUAGUGGUUCUUUAACCUUAGGAAAGUGUAGUAGAAUGGCAGGUUCCUUUGGAGUACUUGAUUUAGCAUCAUUUCUGCAUGUCACACUGUCUGUCUGCCUUUCUCUGGCCUGUCCUUUAAACUGCACAUUUGCAUUGGUGCUGCUAAUGCAAGGAGCAAAACUAAUCUCUAUAUUAGCGGUUCCAAACUGUGUGCUACAGGGUUCUGGGGGGCCGCGACGGGCACACAGGGGAGCAGCGAGUUGUUUUCCCGGUGCUCUCCCCUCCUGGCUCUGCAGGACCGGAGUGGAGAUCAGAGACCUCCCUCUCCAGCCCGCUAGCACUUUGCUGACAGCAGGCAGGGGAGUGAGAGAGUACCCGGGGAAGCUCUAACCUGCAGCUCUGCCAGGUUCUCCUCUUGUGAGCUCAGAGCGUUGCCGCGUUUACCACGGCAACGCUCCGAAUCUCGCGAGAAUGAACUCUAGCAGCUCCUGAGGCUGCUAGAGUUCAAGGUCGCCACCAGGACCACCAGGGAUUGCAGGAAAUGUCAAAGGUAAGCAGGGAGGGGGGACUUCAUUUUUAUUUUAAUUACAAAAAAAAAUAUAUUUCAUAAGCUAAUUAAAAGUUAAGUUUUAUUUUUGGAUUUUAUAGUCCUGAGAGUGACAUCUUAUCUUCCUCUUUGUAUUUUUGCUGGACAAGCACCGGGCAAACAAAUUUUUUGGCAUAUGGAGUGCAGGAUUAUUUUCUUUGGUUAUAUAUAUAUAUGUUUCCCCUCCCCCCCUAUACACACUGAACCCCUCACAACCUGCCCCACACACACAUUGUACCCCUCAUGCAAUAACUGCCCCACAUACACACACACAAACUACACAAAUACAAUGUACACACGCUACAUCCCUCACACACAUGCACACUGCACCCCUCUCUCUCUCUCUCACACACACACACACACACACACACACACACACACACUACAGCACCUCCCAGCAGACCCCACGUAAGUUGCAAAACCGUUCUUAAAUAGUUUGACUACUUACCCUGGGAGAGCACUAUGGCACUACUGGCACCAUAACCACAACUAAUGUAGUGGUUAUUGUGCCUGGAUUGUUUCUUUAAAUAAUCUACCAGUGCCACUCCCAAGAUUAGGGGCCCAAUAUAUGCUGCAGCGCUGUACAUAUACAUGCAACAUAGAACAUUUUUUGACUUGGGAUGCCUUGGAAAAUUAUUGAAAUAUUAAGGGCGCCUUGAACCUAAAAAGUUUAGGAACCACUGCUCUAGAUUACUUCGUUGCACUACAAUUCCAUGCUAUAUCUGGCAUUAUCUGCACUUUAGGUUUCUCCUUCCUUGAAAUGUAACUUAUAUAAAUGAUGCAUUGUGUUUAGAAUUAUACUUUUUUAUAUAUAAAGCCCACUGUUUCUCAAACCGGUCACAUGGCAAUGAUGAUAAACAUAUAAAAGAUUUAUACCAGUUUUCUGUCAGGAUCUUUGAGUCAGAAAAGUAGCAAAACUAUAACAAAACAAAUCAAACACCGUGCAUAACACACUAAAUCCACAUAUAGGUAUACCAAGUUAAAAUGUAUAUCUUCAUCUAUCAUUUAAGACCAGCACAUACUGUGAAUUGUGCCACAAAUACAGUAUUUCUCUCUAGACAGGGCUGUUGGCCAAAUGUCUGUGUUCCCCUUAAAUGACCACUACAGUGCCCUGAGGGUGCCCCCACCCUCAGGGUCCCCCUCCUGCCGGGGUGGAUGUAGAGGAAGGGGUUAAACUUACCUCUUUCUCCAGCGCCGGGCGGGGAGCUCUCCUCCUCCUCUCCUCUCCUUCGGCUGAAUGCGCAUGCACGGCAAGAGCCACGCACGCAUUCAUCCAGUCUCAUAGGAUAGCAUUUACAAUGCUUUCCUAUGGACGCUGGCGUCUUCUCACUGUGAAAAUCACAGUGAGAAGCACGCAAGCACCUCUAGCGGCUGUCAAGAGACAGCCACUAGAGGCUGGAUUAACCCUAAUAUAAACAUAGCAGUUAGAAAAAAGUGUUAACCCUAGAUGGACCUGGCACCCAGACCACUUCAUUAAGCUGAAGUGGUCUGGGUGCCUAUAGUGGUCCUUUAAUCCAACAAGAGGUAACUUUGAGGGAGAAAUAUUGUAUUCAAUGUGUUCUGACACAAGUAAUAUACCUCAAAGAUUCUCAGACAAGGGCUAGUCAAUGUAAUUUUGCUGCCAUUAACCUAAUGGCAUGCAAGCAAGAAACUUGAUCUAAGAACCUUCAGUUAAUUUGCUGCUCAGUGUUACUUUAAGUUUAGAUGUCAUUCCAACCCCCCCACCCCACCUCCCCUGAUUAUUUAAACCUGUACAUCAGUGUCUGCUGGUAACGCUUAAAUAUUGCUUGUAGAUUGUUUACGUAUGUUGGCUAUUUUUCCACUCCUGUCCAUGGCAUGUCUUGAGACCCUUAAACUGUUUUAUUAGGGUUUAUACGUUAAGCAGUUAUUUGAAAGCAAAAAUGGAAUUUGAAGACUUUUGCUAUUUUGGCAUACAUUUUGCAAACCUGAUUUUUCAAGUCACAGUUUAAACCCUACUGUGUUUGCAAUAGGAUCAGAUACUAUAGAAAUUCCAGUAGAGAUGGCUGUAUUGAGAUAUAUAAUGUAAUCAACUGAAAAUGAUUAAAACAGAACAGUCAUCAAAGCAUAAUAAUGGCACAACUAUUGAAAAUGGAACUUCUGUAAAUGCUCUGUUUACAUCAGACAGAAAAUUGGAACAGUAUUGUCAAAUGACAACCGUUUUGUCAUUUAAAAGGCAGGCUCUGUAACCUAGAAUACAAUGUCUUCAAGUAUAAGUUUAGUCCAUCUCGACUCUUCAUAUUGAGCAAAGUGUAUGGUCAGUUUAAUCUGUUAUUCAUGUACAUCGGUUUGCUACUCUGCCAGGGAAAAUAAAAUGCUUGCUUUAUGGAGGUGGAUUACAAUUACCAGGCAGAUUAUAUGUUUAAUGUAUACAUGAAUGAUUUCACUCAGAUGAAAAGGAAAGGUCUAACAAGCAACAUGCUUGUGUGUGUUUUUUUAUUUUUUUUUUAUUUUUUUUUUAUUUAGAACAAAUCAUUUGAGUUGUGUGCACUUUCUUCAAGCUAGCAUUGAGUAAAAUGUCAUAAGAAGUAUUCAAACAAAUUAAAAGGCACUUGAAAAACCUGUAAUAUUCUGUUAAUUAUUGAACUGAAUGUAGUCCCUCUUCCUUAUAAAUGUUUACUCAGAGACUUGUAAUCCUUUAAUAGAAGUAAAUUAAGUGUAGACAUCUCUUUAUAGGAAGUAAAAUAAGAAAUCCUGUGUAUGUUCCUGAACUUGCAUUCAAAGUACUACUUUAACGUUUUUCCUCUAGUCUGCCAUCAAAGGGUUAACAAUGGGAGGACUUGAAGUGAUUUCAAUUACAGACAACACGCCCAUACCUCACAAUGGAUGCCGACCACGUAAAGCACGCAGAAUGUGAAGCCUACUAAAGGGGAACCCGGCUGCGAAGAAUCGGCAACAAAAUCUAUCCAUAGACUCCAUCCUUGAAAGCUGCCACUCUGCAUUCAGACCCAUUACAAAGCCUGCCGUGCACAGCUCAGACAGACUCUGUUGGUACAGGGUCAUUCCAUGAAGGGGUUAACACGAAAACUACAAAAAGAGAUUUUGUCAAGACAAUUUUGUGUUGAUUUUUCCUCUUUUUUUUUUGCUUUUAAGAUGCCUUUAAUAAAAUGAAAAUGUCAGAAAAUGUUUGACCUCACCUUUUGUGUAGCUCACGCCUCACACAUAUUUCUCCCUUUCUUCGAUGUCCUUGAAAAGUACACAAGAAUUGUAUUCUCUUCAAAAAUUACAGGUAAUAUAAAUCACUGUGUAGCAAAUUGCUUUUACAAACAAUGGGUUAUUCCUUGGCAACAUACUACAGAAAAAUCCAUUGUAAAU